UCCUUCUCAACGAUGUGUGUUCCAGAUGAUGAUGAUGAUGACGCGUGGGAAAUGGGUUUCGAUAAAAGUGAACUCAAUUGCCGUUUUGUCGGGUGUCGUUUGGGUAUAUGUUCACUUGCAAAAAGGCACGAGAUGCAUAUGUACAAAAAUGGCAGGAGAUCGAGAGGAUCGCCAAUGCAGCCAUCCCAAGCACACCGAUAUCCCCCAUCGUACCGUCUUCGAGUCGCUCCACGAGCGCGUCCAGCUUACUGACCCCUAUCACUACCACAAGUACGAGCAACAGCAGUCUCUCGCCAACAACUAAAAAUAGCGCGACCGUCGACGACGACGAGAGUGCUCGAUUGCCACCUAUUCCCACUCGUCAACCGUCGUUUCCUACGCGACAACCAUCAUUUCCCAGCAUCGUCACGACCGCAAUGCAGCAACAAUCCGAAAUCGUUCCGCCCACGCCAACAACACCCACCACACCGCAUCGAAGGAUCGAGCGCUUUGUCAACAAACUCUCGCAUAGUAUGGGCACGAACCAGCAACUCGAUCCGGUCAAGCAAAGUGCACGCACGGCUAAACUCAAAGUAGAAGUGGUUGAAGCAGACAAGGAGUACCGCAAAAUGGUGCGCAAAUUGGAUGCAUUGAGUAAACGUCAAGCAGCAGCCAACGACUUUGCCAUCAAGAUAGCACAAGAGCAACUAGCAGAAAAGACAGCCAUGGUCAAGAAUUGUCUGACACAGAUCAUGGAUUCGGAAGCUUUCAAGUUCAAUGGUGUGCAUGAAACGAUCCAGAGCACACGCCACGCUUUGAAUCUCGAUCCCGAUCGUGACGCUGCCUUGUAUCAAGAUAUGCUGGAUCGCAACCGUCAUCCUAUGCCUGAGCCCAUCUACUAUCAUAAUUAUCAUGUCGGCGAAUGCAGAUUUUUGAUUUUUGGCACUUCGCUCAUGGAAUACGCUCAACAACACCAACGAUCUCCACCUCUUAUUGUAACAAAGUGCAUUAAAACCAUCGAACGACAGGGUGGAUUAGAGCGUGAGGGCAUCUAUCGGAUAUCGGGCAAACAAAUCAACAUUGACAAGCUCAAGCAUGCUUUUGAGCGUAACGAGGAAGGAGUCGUUUUGGGACAAGAGGGCAUUCCGGAAGAUGUGUUCAGUGUUGCUUCGUUACUGAAAAUCUUUCUCCGUGACCUGGCGUCACCGCUGUUUCCGUUCAAGCUCGGUGACCGUGUGACCUAUUCUCAAAUCCCGGACAAGGAGCUGCGACUGAUGAACUUACUGACGCGUAUUCUCAAACUGCCACCGGCGAAUUACGAUACUCUGAAGUUCCUCAUUGAACAUUUAGCAAAGAUUGUAUCCUUUGUAGAAAAGAACAAAAUGACGAUCCAAAACUUAUCACUCAUGUUCACGCCGGCCAUAUUCCAGGAUCACAACCAAGCACAGCGGUCACCUGGAGAGUGGUACAGCGAUUGUGUCCUCGAAGAUUUGGUUGUGAAUUGUGAAACACUGUUUGCGGAUAAAGAUCUUCGCGGUGCAUCUGCGAUUACGGGUGUGAUUGAGUACGGGUUCCAUGAAGAAGAAUACGACUUUGACCUGCCAUCGUCACCGUCGAGUUCCAUGUAUGCCCGGACGAACUCUUCUCCAACGACAGAAUCUGAUCCCGAGUAUGGUGUCGACGAAGAGGAUGUAUCGCCUCAGGAGGAGCAGCAUGAUCCUAUACUCGAUCAAAGCAAUAACAACAACAACUAUUACGACAUGGUGGACCAGCAACCGAAAUUCAAAACUGCUUCAAAGGACAGAGGCCUCACUGUUAAUACCCGACUUUCAAACGAACAUAUCACUCCUUCUGUAGCAGUGAUCGAUACCCAGCAGCAGCAACAACAACAACAACAACAACAACAACAAGAAAAAAGGCAUCCCAUUCCACCUAUCGCCACCAUCAAUAGCGCCACUAUCCCACCGCCUUCACUAGACUGGUUAUCCCAGGAUCCCAGUUCAGCGGAUUCAUCAUCAUCAUCAGCAGCAGCAGCAGCAGCAGAAGGGGCAGCGCCUGGCCUGCAAAGGUCAGCCACUGUUGGUGCGACCCUGAAAAGAAACGCACGUGUACCACGUGAAGGCGCUCCUCGACGCUUAAGCCGAAGGGAUUGAGAACAAUUUAUUUAUCUAUCUACCACCUAUACUACCUACUUACAUAACUGCCUAGUCACACCUUAUAUCCACUA